CACUGUUAUUUCUCAACUCUGAACUGUACUAGCAAAAGACAGUUGAGACACUGGAUAUCCUUCAGAUUCAGAUAGAGUGGUAAUGGCGCAGCCGGAGGGCCUCUCGCUCGCGGGCCGGCGGGUGGCGUUCACGACGCCUCAGACCACCGGCGGGGGCGGCGGGGAAGGAUACGGUGGCCGGCUUGGCGCGCUGCUGCGGCAGCGCGGCGCGCACCCGCUCCCCGUGCCCACCAUCGCCAUCCGCGCCCACGAGCCCGACCGCCUCCGCCCCUACCUCCUGCCCGGCGCCCUCGACCCCUUCGCGGCGCUCGCCUUCACCUCCCGCUCCGGCAUCGCCGCCUUCUCCCGCGCCCUCCCCUCCUCCUCCUCCGCCCAGCUUCCCCUCUCCGACGCCGCGUCGGCGCUCCCCUUCACCGUCGCCGCACUCGGCAGCGACGCCGACCUUCUGGACGGCGCCUUCCUCGCCAGGCUCUGCCGCGACGCCGGGAGGCUGGCCGUCCUCGUCCCGGACGUCCCCACCCCCGCCGGCCUCGUGGAGGCGCUGGGGCGCGGGUCCGGCCGCCGCGUGCUCUGCCCCGUCCCCGACGUCGACGGCCUCCGCGAGCCGCCCGUCGUGCCCGACUUCCUCGCCCGGCUCGACGCGGCCGGCUGGGCGGCCGUGCGCGCUCCGGCGUACACCACGUGCUGGGUCGGCCCGGGCUGCGCCGAGCGGCUGGUGGCCCCGGACGCCGCCGCGCCCGACGCCAUCGUUUUCACCAGCUCGGCGGAGGUCGAGGGGCUGCUCAAGGGGCUGGACGCCGCGGGCUGGAGCUGGGCGCGGCUCAGGGCGCGAUGGCCCGACAUGGUCGUGGCCGUUCAUGGGCCGGUCACGGCCGACGGCGUCAGGAGGCUCGGCAUUGAGGUGGACGUCGUGAGCUCGAGGUUUAGCAGCUUCCAUGGGGUUCUUGAUGCUCUAGCUGCAACAUUUUGUUCUCAACAAUUGAAAAUUAGCUCCAGGUUUAGUGCUGGUUCACAUUGAAAAUUUUGAUGUAAACUUUCGUUCUUCGAGUCACAAGUUAUCAGCCUGAUGGAAUGAACAAAAAUAUAAGUCAGCAAACUCAAUGCUAUUCCACA